AUGGAAAAUUCCAGAGUCUUGCCACCAGUAAUCUGCGCUGAGAACAUCGCUCUGCUAUCUUUACUCCACAAUGUUGUGGAGCCUCGACAUCGGAAUCCCACCGAUAAUGUUGAGGGCAGACAAGAAUCAAGAUAUCUUUCUCUUAAGAUAGAGCGUGAUCUUACUGGUACUCUUGCCUUUCUCGCCGGGAUCAGUGAUCAUCCAAACCAUAUCAUGGCUCUGUGUGUCGAGGAGCGUGGGUCCUCGCGAGGCCUGCGUGUGAUGAUAGCUAUCAACAAGCGACGACCAGAAUGUGGAACUGAAAUCUUGAAAACUGUCACAAAGGGGUUCCAGGACAUUUUCGCGAUUCUUGCGAGGAUCUCUAGAGAUCCCGAUCCGCGACUUGAGAAUGAGGUAUUUAGUGCAGUUAUCUCACUGUGUAGGAAUAGGAUUUUAGCGCGGAUGAGGUCUUCCAAGGGAAACCUCUCAACUAAUCAUAAAGAGAGUCCAUUCCUUGGGGUUAUUUUGAAACAAGUUGCCGACACCUUGAGACGCACUCAUUGUCAAAACAGCUCCAGCCAGGAAGGCAGCUCCGGUCUGACUUUUGUGAUCGAGUCAGAAAGACUUAUCCAGCGAUUAGAGGAGCUUGAGCACAGAUACCACAAUCCAUUACAGCUUAAUAGCCUUGUUCAAGACGUCGUGGGCGAAAUCUACCGCCUGACAAGAGCCGUCAGCGUUCCUGAGGCCCUGGGGACAAUUUCAAACCGCGAUAUAGAUCCGACAGCUAGGGAACGCGUGGUGGCUCACACAAAAAAGAUUGCUAGGUAUCGAGAAGCCGCUAGACUUCUGUUUAGAUUAGCGAAGAAUUGGAUCGUAUUCCAGGAGGCGGACAUCAUGGCCGUACAUCUCAAGCCGUCAACGUUGUAUUUCCCACCCACAGGCAAUUAUAAGCCUACUUUGCCGUCCUCGCUCUCCCGAAUCUUCAAUGGUCUGGGGCCGUCCAAAAAUGUGCAUCAGGUUUGCCAGAAGCUCAAGACGAAGGAGAAACAAGCAAAUAAAUGCCUUUCAGACACUUUUGAACGCGCCGCAAAGGAGUCGAAGAUUCAUGCCGAGAUGCAGCUCGUGAUGCACUACGAACUCAAUCCGGUUCCCCGUCCACCUCGGGUUAUCUCAUCUAGCAAAGAUGCGUGCUAUCUCUGCAACGCCUUCAUUAACUUCCACGGCAAGUAUCACAUCCCACGCACCCACGGGAGGCUGUACCCCGCCUGGAGACUUCCAAACCUGGAGACGAGACCUGAGCUUCAGGUCGGCUUCAAUGAAGUUCUCCACGAACGCAUCAGGCGGUCUGUAAAUGCUAUGCUCUCAUCAAAGCACCGAGCUUUGCACCCUCACCCGAACGAGAGCACCAUUUCAUCCUUGGCCAUGUCGGAUUCGACGGUGCAGGGUAUUAUCGGCUCUCCGCUGCUUACUCCUCCGCAAACCCCAGCGGACCCGUCACCCAGCAAAACAGAUAGCGAUAGCGAGGGAAUAUCAUUACUAACUUCGAGUGAUGAUGCUUCGGACAUAAGCUCUGGUAGUAACUCUGAUGUGAUCCUUGUCCAAGGAACAUGCUUCUCGGAUAGAGUGAAAGCAAACCGGCCACCUCUACGAUAUUCAGCGAAUGGGCUGGAGCUUCUGGUCGAACUUGAGGGCAACUUGCCAGCAAGUUGGGCGGCUCAUCACGUUGGGCAAUGCUCAUUCAACUUGGAGUGGCUUCAAGAGGACAAAGCGCUCCAGGUUGCGGCAGAGCAGAACGGUGCAAUAAUCAAUACGAACUCUCUCAGCACUACUAAAGAGCUCACUAUCUCCACUCGGGAUGGCAUAUAUAUGGCGUUCGGACCUAGCAUCAUUAGGAUACAGGGUGGAUAG